GAUAAUUAAAAAAAUAAUACGCGUUACACCGACACAAUAAAGUAAUUGCUCAUUUACAUAUCAUAUUUCAUAUUUAUUUAUCCACGGAGCUCAAUUAAAUUCAGUUUUAUUUCUUCCAACACACUUAUCUAUAAAGUUAUCAGAAUUAUUCACCUUUUUUAAUUAUCCUCACGUAAAGUUUUUGCAAAACAAAAAGAAGACGGGUAAUUAAAUAUUUACGAAGCAAGUAUUAAUGGAUAAGUAUAGGUAAAGUGCGACUUACGGUGAGUUUACUCGAUCAUGAAUCGCCUCCCUUCUUGUCAGUCUAGUUUUACUAAUGACAAUUGUAUGCACAUAUUUCAUUCGCGUGCGUAUAGGUAGUUUUGUACAUGGCAAGAUUAAAGUAUUCGAGCAUGAGUAAUAGUUCUAAUUUAAGUCAAGGUUGUUUUUCUCCAGACAAUUAUAUAAAAUUUAACGAACAGUGCAUACAAUUUUAUUAAAUUCACUGAAUGAACUGUUCAUUUUGCACCAUUUUCUUCCACAAUCUUUCCGUGUUGAUAUGUACGUCUCUCUAAAUUUGCGCAGUGUGGUUAGUUCGUUCGUAGUGAAAUAUCUAGAAUCCUAAUUUUUCCUCGAAUUGUCAGUAAAUCCGAUAAAAACAUGGCUGUUGUUCAAAUAAGAAACGGCUACAAGUCGUACAACGGAAAGGAGGGAUACGUUCUCAGAAAUUUGGACAUGGACAUAAAUCGAGGAGAAAUUUAUGGAUUACUUGGAGCAAGUGGAUGUGGAAAAACAACGCUGCUCUCGUGUCUUGUCGGAUUACGUCAGUUUGACAGGGGACGAUUUUCCCUAUUUGGGAGAAAAGGGGGUGGAGUGACUGAUACGUUGUGCGGAUACGUACCACAAGAUACUGCCCUCCAAAAUUUUUUAACGGCUGAAGAAUCCCUUACAUACUAUGGGAUGAUUUAUGGACUGACAAAUCAGGAAAUAGAAAAUAUGACAAAUUUUCUUACCACAUUUCUUGACCUGAAGUCAUCAAGGGUGAAGAUUAGUUGUUUAAGCGGUGGUCAAAAACGUCGGGUAUCCAUUGCGAUCGCCAUGAUACACAAUCCAAAACUGCUUAUCAUGGAUGAGCCAAUCGUAGGGCUUGGCCCAUUAUUACGGGAAAGGAUUUGGGCAUACUUGAAAGAAAUAUCGAGAACACGUGGGACAACUAUAAUCAUAUCGACGCAUUACGUCAACGAAGCCAAGCUAUGUGACAAAAUUGGUUUCAUGAGGGGUGGCCGCCUAAUUGCUGAAGAUAACCCAGAAGCACUCCUAUCCUCGUAUGGCUCCCAUAAUUUAGAAAAUUUUGCACUAAAGAUAUGCCUUCAGGAUGAACUGGAACAUGAAAAAACGAGAGACAUAUUCCUUUGGAAAAAAGAAAACGACAAAAUGCAAGAUGCAAAUUCCAACGUGAUUGGAACGACAUAUCGAAAAUUAUCCUCCUCUUUAGAAAGUGACUUUUGCCAAAUCCAGAAGUCUGGGAAAUCUAGAGGGAACCAUUUUCGCAUAAUUUUUGCCCUCCUCCGCAAAUCGUUCUACCAAACUAGUAGAGAUUUAAGACGAGUUAUGCCUGACUUUGUCAUACCAGUUAUGAUGAUUGGUCUCCUGCAAAACAUAAUUGGUCUCCCACCACGAACUUUACCUGUCGGGUUGGUAACAAAUAUGCAAAAUGUGACAACUACAAAACAACUCGGUAAAUUUUGCAACCAAUUGAAUUCGUCGGGAUCUGAAUGUCUAGAAAAUGUUGGGAUUUGCAGUUUUAUCGAUACCUUUGAAAAUCGUGAAUUUGAUUGGAAGGUGGCAAAUUCGUAUGAGAAUGCAAUUCGGGAUAUAAAGCUCGGAAAUACAAUCGCUUUUUUAGAAUUUCCACCCCAUUUCGGAAUGCAUGUCGUGAAUCGAAUUAUUUACAGAAAUUGGGUGGAUACCGAAACAUUGCGUGGGUCCACGAUAACUGUGGAAACAGACAACUCGAAUACAAUCUCAUCCACCUGGUUUAAGAAAACUCUGAUUGACAAAUAUUUUACAUUUUUGCAAAGAAUUAUGAUUUCUUGUUCGGCCAAUGCAAAUAUUUCCAUGCCAGCGAUGAAGUUCCGCGCCAUCCAUGGUAGUUUAUCGUUAUCAAGCUAUACCUCCUUUAUCCAGCCAGGUUUAAUAAUUCUAUUAAUCUUCAUGCUCUGCAGUGCGAUUGCUAUCCUCUGGGCGAUGGAUAGAAGUGAAGGGUUGGAAGAUCGCGAUUAUGUCGCUGGGGUCAAUUUAUGGCAUAAAAUUGGAUCCAGCAUUAUUGAACGGUUCGUAAUUACGGGAAUUAAUUCAGCAUUAAUUCUCGGAAUGCUGUGCGCCUUCUACAACUUCGAAAUUAAGGGGUCAUUGGGUUUGGGAGUUGGACUGAUAUAUCUAACGUCACUGGUGGGUUUGUCAAUUGGUUGGAUUAUUGGGACGUUGGGAAAUAAAGUUGUGAGCAAUGCCUUCCGUGUUCUUGGACUAGUGUUAACACAAGCAUUUUCUGCCGGUAUAUUAACCUCGCUCGAUGAAAGUGAACCACUUUAUAGAAAUUUCUGUGAACUAUUACCCCUUACAAAACUAGUCGAGGCGUUCAGAUCGGUGUGUUUGAGAGGAUGGGGCAUCAGUAAUAGGCACGUUGUGGAAGCAUUUCUCUCAUCCUUGGUAUGGAUAUUGGUUCCUACAAUUGUUGCCAUUUUAGUUGAGAGGAAGAAGAGGAAAUGAACUUGCUUUGUACAGUGAUAACAUAAAUUGUUGGUUAUUUGCCUCAUUUUCUGAUCCAUCCGGUUCCUAUGUAUGUAUUACGUAGAUAUUUAUAUAAAUAAAAAACUUGUGUAUGAGAUAUUUUUUAAAA